GACUGUGGGAGCGGCUUCCUUGGAUUCGCGCCUGGCAACGGCUGGGCGUCCAGCUCUGGCCUGCGGAGGCUCAGGCGUCGCGUCUUCUCCCGGCCCACUCGCGGUCAGCCCGCUCCCCUCGGCGCGAGGCACAGAUGAUGGAAAAUGUGCACCUGGCGCCAGAAACAGAUGAGGACGAUCUUUAUUCUGGUUUUAAUGACUACAAUCCAGCCUAUGAUACUGAGGAGUUGGAGAAUGACACCGGUUUUCAGCAAGCGGUGAGAACCAGUCAUGGCAGAAGACCUCCAGUAACUGCUAAAAUACCAAGCACAGCAGUCAGCAGACCCUUAGCCACUGGAUAUGGGUCUAAGACAUCCCUGGCAUCAUCAAUGGGAAGACCAAUGACAGGGACUAUUCAGGAUGGAGUUGCUCGACCCAUGACGGCAGUGAGAGCAGCUGGCUUUUCCAAGUCAGCUUUGAGAGGCUCUGCAUUUGAUCCCCUCGGCCAGUCCAGGGGCCCUGCUCCUCCUUUGGAAGCCAAAAAUGAAGAUAGCCCAGAAGAAAAGAUCAGACAGCUGGAGAAGAAAGUGAACGAGCUGGUAGAGGAGAGCUGUAUCGCCAACAGUUGUGGGGACUUAAAGCUGGCCUUAGAAAAGGCAAAAGAUGCAGGAAGAAAAGAGAGAGUCCUGGUGAGGCAACGAGAGCAAGUUACGACUCCAGAAAAUAUCAACUUGGAUUUAACGUACUCCGUUCUCUUCAACCUGGCCAGUCAGUAUUCAGCCAAUGAAAUGUAUGCAGAAGCACUGAACACAUACCAAGUGAUAGUGAAAAAUAAGAUGUUUAGCAAUGCAGGGAGACUGAAAGUGAAUAUGGGAAAUAUUUAUUUAAAGCAGAGGAAUUACUCCAAAGCCAUUAAGUUCUACCGAAUGGCCUUAGAUCAGAUCCCGAGUGUCCAUAAGGAAAUGAGGAUUAAAAUAAUGCAGAACAUUGGGAUUACAUUCAUAAAAACUGGUCAGUAUUCAGAUGCCAUCAAUUCAUUCGAGCACAUCAUGAGUAUGGCCCCGAAUCUGAAGGCAGGCUUCAACCUGAUUCUCAGUUGUUUUGCCAUUGGAGACCGAGAAAAAAUGAAGAAGGCAUUCCAGAAGUUAAUUGCUGUUCCGUUAGAAAUUGACGAAGAUGAUAAGUACAUCUCCCCGAGUGAUGAUCCCCAUACUAACUUACUCAUUGAAGCCAUAAAAAAUGACCAUCUUAGGCAAAUGGAACGUGAAAGGAAAGCCAUGGCAGAAAAAUACAUCAUGACAGCUGCAAAACUCAUCGCUCCUGUAAUCGAAGCAUCUUUUGCCGUGGGUUAUAACUGGUGUGUGGAAGUAGUGAAAGCGUCUCAGUACGUAGAGCUGGCCAACGAUCUGGAGAUUAACAAAGCGAUUACAUACUUGAGACAGAAGGACUUUAACCAAGCUGUAGACACCUUGAAGAUGUUUGAAAAAAAGGACAGUAGAGUGAAAAGCGCAGCUGCCACCAACCUCUCGUUCCUGUAUUACCUGGAAAAUGAAUUUGCCCAAGCCAGCAGCUAUGCAGACUUAGCUGUGAACUCAGAUAGAUACAACCCAUCCGCUCUCACUAAUAAAGGGAACACGGUUUUUGCAAACGGUGAUUAUGAGAAGGCAGCUGAAUUCUAUAAGGAGGCCCUGAGAAACGACUCUUCUUGUACUGAAGCACUUUAUAACAUUGGCCUCACCUAUAAGAAGCUAAACCGUCUAGACGAAGCCUUGGACUCCUUCCUGAAACUGCAUGCAAUCCUUCGGAACAGCGCUCAAGUUCUUUGCCAGAUAGCAAAUGUAUACGAGCUAAUGGAAGAUCCCAACCAAGCGAUUGAGUGGCUGAUGCAGCUGAUCAGCGUUGUUCCUACUGAUUCCCAAGCUCUGUCUAAACUGGGCGAGCUGUACGACAGUGAAGGGGACAAGUCCCAGGCCUUCCAGUAUUAUUAUGAGUCAUACAGGUAUUUCCCUUCUAAUAUUGAGGUCAUUGAGUGGCUUGGAGCCUAUUACAUCGAUACCCAGUUCUGUGAAAAAGCUAUUCAGUACUUUGAAAGAGCAUCUCUUAUACAACCCACACAAGUGAAAUGGCAGCUGAUGGUAGCUAGCUGUUUCAGAAGAAGUGGUAACUACCAAAAGGCCUUAGAUACUUACAAAGAGAUUCACAGGAAAUUUCCAGAGAAUGUUGAAUGUUUGCGUUUCUUGGUUCGUCUCUGCACAGAUAUCGGAUUAAAAGAAGUUCAAGAAUAUGCCACAAAACUCAAGCGGUUGGAAAAAAUGAAAGAAAUGAGGGAGCAGCGCAUAAAAUCAGGCAGAGACAGCAGUGGAGGCUCCCGCAGCAAACGAGAGGGGAGCGCUGGCAGUGAUAGUGGCCAGAACAAUAGUGCCAGUAGUAAAAGUGAACGACUGAGUGCCAAGCUCAGAGCUUUGCCUGGGACAGAUGAACCCUAUGAAAGUAGCAGUAACAAAGAAAUAGAUGCCUCCUAUGUGGAUCCACUGGGCCCCCAAAUAGAAAGACCAAAAACUGCAGCCAAAAAGAGAAUCGACGAGGAUGACUUUGCUGAUGAAGAGUUAGGAGAUGACUUGCUUCCAGAAUAAUACAAACUCUAAUAUGAUGUGAGUGAGGUGUGUGUGUGUGUGUGUGUGUGUGUGUGUGUGUGUGUGUGUGUGUGUAAGCCAGAAGACAGCCUCAGGUGUUGUUCCCCAGGCACUGCUCAUCCGGCAUUUUAUUUGUGAGAGUCCUUCUCUGGCCUUGAACACACCAUGUAGGCGGUGGCCAUCAACCCCUGGGAUCUGCCUGUCUCCACUUCCUCUUCCCCGGUGCUGAGAUUGUAAGCACAUGCCAUCACACCCAUCUUUCCUUAAAGGGGCUCUGGGGCUUGAACUCAGGUCCUCCGGCUUGCAAGGCAAGCACUUUCCCAACUAUACUCUCCCUGGCCCAGUAAGCCAUUUACUAAAGGAAAGAAAUCACCUUGUAAGGUAAUGCGCAUGUUAAACCUGGGGUCAGAUGUCUGAACUUUAAUUUUGUACACUGUUGAAACUUUAAAUGUAUUCUGUUCUCUGAAGAUGGAUUUGUGCUGUCAUUUUUAAUGGAAUAAAAGCCAUGAAACUAC